UUCAGCUGCUUUUGAAGCGAACAUUUCUACCAGUUCGUACUUGAGGAGUAUAGCGCGCAGAGCUGCACACAGACACACACAGCGCGAAGCUCAUGGUGCAAGACGCAGACACGGAUCUGCGAUAACCUCGCAUCUUCCAUUACACAGCCUUUCUUCCUCGCUAUUCGGAUUACAUUUCACGAUUUUCAACCUUUUCUGAAAGGAGAGAUUGCCUUUUUUUUAUUUUCUUUCUUAAUGAAUCUGAUGAAAGAAUUGCCGUUUAAUACCCCGCGCAUUGGGACAUGAUCACAUCGCCUUCAGUGUCUGCCCUGAAAAAUAGUCGUAUUUCUUUAGCCUGGGAGAGCGGUCUCUUACGGAAUAGUAGCUCUUCGGGUAUUAAGAAGCCCUUUCUCCACUCCGUACCAGCGGCUGAUCCAUCACGGCAAGCUAGGCGACUUCCCAUCAAGGUUUUGAAAAUGCUUACCGCCCGGUCUGGACACAUUCUGCACCCAGAGUAUCUGCAGCCUUUGCCUUCCACUCCGGUUAGCCCCAUUGAGCUGGAUGCCAAGAAAAGCCCGUUGGCGCUGCUGGCGCAGACCUGCUCUCAGAUCGGCAAACCGGACCCUCCGCCCUCGUCCAAACUAUCCUCGGUGACAUCGAAUGGAUCUAGUGACAAGGAAUCUAAAUCUGGGCCUUUGAAACUGAGUGACAUCGGUGUGGAUGACAAAUCUAGCUUCAAACCGUACUCCAAACCCUCUGAUAAGAAGGACUCAAACGGCUCCGGCGGAGACAAGUCUGGUUUCCGAGUGCCGAGCGCCACCUGCCAGCCGUUCACGCCAAGGACAGGCAGCCCCAACUCGAGCACGUCCGCGUCUCCCAUGCCGUCAGAGGGAAAGUGUGGAGACCGGGAUGACAAAAAGGACUCAGACUGUAACAAUAAAAACGACUCGACAGACGGCCGAGGAUCCACGGGCCACAGCCGGAUAAGCGUGAGCUGUGGUGGAAUUAACGUGGAGGUGAACCAGCACCAGGACAGCUGCGCGGCCGGCUCCAAGACCUCUUGCUCGGACUCAUCUUCUGUAACUUCCGUGUCCUCCGCAUCGGUUCUCGGCUCGGGACUCGUGGCACCGGUUUCUCCGUACAAGCCGGGACAGACUGUUUUCCCGUUGCCCCCAGCCGGUAUGUCUUACCACGGGAGUUUGGCGGGCGCGUACGCCGGUUAUCCGCAGCACUUCCUCCCGCACGGUGGGAGUCUGGUGAACGCGCAGCUCAGCUCACUGGGCUGCAGUAAGGCUGGAUCUAGCCCCAUGGCCGGGGCCUCUCCCCCGUCAAUCAUGUCUGCGAGCCUGUGCAGAGACCCUUACUGCCUCAGCUACCAUUGUGCCAGUCACCUCGCGGGCGCAGCGAGUGCGUCCUGCACGCACGAAUCUGCAGCAGCCGCAGCGGCAGCGAACGUCCUGAAGUCCGGCUACCCGCUGAUGUAUCCAACGCACCCCCUGCACGGGGUCCACUCCUCGGCGCCCUCGUUCAGUGGACAUCCACUGUACCCGUACGGGUUCAUGCUGCCCAACGACCCUCUCCCCCACGUCUGUAACUGGGUGUCGGCCAACGGGCCCUGUGACAAGCGGUUCCCCAGCUCAGAGGAGCUCCUGAACCACCUGAGGACACACACGGCUUUCACGGGAGCCGAGAAGUUGAUGUCUGGCUACCCCAGCUCUUCGUCUUUGGCCAGUGCCGCCGCGGCGGCGAUGGCUUGCCAUAUGCACAUGCCCCAGUCGGGAGGGCCUGGGAGCCCGGGGACGCUGUCCCUCCGGAGCCCACAUCACACGUUGGGACUCAGUGGUCGUUACCACCCGUACUCCAAAAGCCCUCUGCCCCAGCCGGGGGGCCCUGUCCCCGUGCCGGCAGCCACUGGCCCCUACUACUCUCCCUAUGCACUGUACGGCCAGAGACUGACAACAGCAUCAGCGCUUGGAUACCAGUGAGAGACACACAGAGAGAGAGAAAGAGAAGAGACUUUAAAAAGAGUUUAUAGUUCUAAAAAAAAAAUGCAAAUAAAGACGUUUAUGACAGCGUUCCACACAAGGACGGGAUCCGUGGACUCAACUGUAUUUAUUUAUGUCGGCUUAAAAGCAGACAGUAAUAGCUGCAAAUGGAACAUAUUUGAGCAACUGAAAAAAGUGCAUUAUGUUUAAAUUGAACUCUAUAGAUAAUGUGAAAACACAUGUUAGAGUACUAAUAAAGUAGGGUUCAUCAUUUCAAUGUUAAUUUGCAAUUGCUAUGAUUGUAUUGUUCUUAUUUAAUGCCUCAUGAGAGGAAAAUAAUUGACAUGCAUGUUUGUUUCUUAAAUUCCAAACUGUCCACUUAAUUUUAAAUUGCCAUUAUUUUUCAGGUGUAUACCAUGGAGAGAGAAAUGGUAUUUUUUUGUAUGUAUUCUGGAAAAAAAAUAAGAAACAACUAUGUUCCAUAUGUCCGCUUGCCUCAUUUUUGAUUUCAAGUAGCCUAAGCCUCGAACUUUGGGUUUAAUUUAAAUAUAACUUAUUCACCUUCACCUAAAAAAUUGUCAAUCAGUUACAUCGAAGCAAUGUCCUUGACGUUAACUUCAAGUGUGCAAACUCAGAAGUCACAACAUUUACCUAAGAGCACAAAUAUUAGCAAGUUAUAUAUUACAUUAGGCCUAUUAGAAUUAUUAAUAUGAAUUAUAUUAGUAAUAUUUUUAAUUUACCUUAACUACAUUUUUGAGAGAGGAAGUUUAAAGUGUGUCUGUGUGUGUGUGCCUGUGUAUGUGUGUGUCUGUGUGUUUGAAUAAACUUUUUUACUCGACUAGGCUAAAAAGGUAAAUUGGUCUACAUUAUUUACUCAAAUGUGUUAAACGAGGUUAUCUUAAACAUGAAGACGGCAGCAAAAUAAAAUGCAAUCAAGGAUCGGGAAUGAUUAACUUCAAACAUGUAGUUUGUUUUCCCUCACAAUAAAUAUAAAAUUAUAAAAUAAUACAUGUCCACUUAUCAUAUUGGAUUUCCAAAAUAAGUUGCCAAAGUGUUAUUGUAAAUGGUGAUGAAAUUAUACCAAACUCAUUAGGAAUAAUACGACCCAAGCAUUUAGCAUCUACUAAUAAUGAUGUAGGCCUGUGCCCUCGAAUCUAAAGUGCCUUUCGGCCUACCAGGCUAUAACUCUUUAUACAACUCCUUCAUCCGACAGUGGUCACGACACGGUAUCAAGUAAAAUAGGCCUUUAGCUCACUUUAUCUGGUUAAAAUAAAGCCUUUUAUUUAGAAAAACAUUGGAUUAUUAUUACAUAAAGACCAGGGAAAACGUAGCAUAAAUUAUUUAUGAAACAAAAGCGGUCGUAAAACCUUUUGUACAACCUACCUUUGAAACUUUCCAAAUUACGAAACUCAAAUGGUAAAUAAGUGAUUUGUCACUACGAAAUAAUCACACAUCCAUGUUAAGACUAGAGGAAGAGGUCCACGGUAUCCAUGUUAAGAGCUUAUGAAGGAAGAGGCCCGCGGCCUCCAUGUUAAGGGCUUAUGGAGGAAGAGGUCCACGGCCUCCAUGUUAGGAGCAUAGAGGAAGAAGUCCACGGCCUCCAUGUUAAGGGUUUAUGGAGGAAG